AUGACGCCCCUCAACGCGAGCAUGCAAGGCCCCUGCACCGUACUCCAGUUUGCUAAUGACAUCGCCCUCUACUAUUCUGACAAUGAUCCCAAAAUCAUUUCCACUAAGCUCACACAAGACAUUGGUACAAUGAACGUCUUUCUAGAGAACAGCGGGCUAAAACUAGCCCCCGAGAAGUGUCAAUAUUGCCUCUUCAGUAAAAAUAGAACCAUAAGAACUGCCCGCUGGGAAGUAACUAUAGGCAACGCCGCAUGCAGAUCAGUGCCAGUGGUGAAAUUUCUGGGAAUAUUAUUCAAAUCAUCGCUUAAUUGGAAACAACACUUCCUCUACAUCAAAUCCAAAUGCAUCAAACCAUUGACUAUUAUCAGCUACUUGCGUUCAACAUGGAUAGGAGCCGACCCAUGUGUCCUACUACGCCUAUAUGUUGCGCUAGUGAGGUCUCGAAUUGAGUAUGGUUCACAUCUUUUCACUCCGUUCAAUGCCACAGUAACCACCUCCAUGGAACGUAUACAAUGUAAAGCCCUUCGGCUAGCUAUGGGAUAUAUGACAUCCACACCCACAAAUGUAACCCAGGCAGAAGCACGGAUUCCACCCCUGGUCAUGAGAUUUAAACUACUCUGUGACAACUACAUCUCCAGAAUCUACACCCUCUCAAAUCAUCCGCUACUGGCCCGUAUAUCACAACUAGCAGACACUAGGAUGCAUCCCACCAGGAUUCACACUGGACAAGAGCCCCUAAUUCUCACGUGCUACAAGGAAAUUGAACCUCUGCAUCACCUUAUUGCCCACUCCGAUAAACCCCUGAUAUACAGUUACCCCUACAAGACUUCCUUUCAUCAGGCCCGGGUGUCAUUUGCCGAGGGCCUAGCUGCCAGCUCAUCACCACAAGGGAAGGCCAUGAUCGACUCGCUGGUUAAGGAACUCGAGGGUUCCAACCGUUGUUUUUUCACAGAUGGAUCCAAAACGGAAGGUUGCCGUUUUGUAGGUUUUGCCUCCGUGACUUCUACAAACUCCACGGCGAACCUAUAUAGAACAUCCAAGUAUGCCUCAGUCUUCACAGCGGAAGCUAUGGCUAUUAUAUCGACGCUAGAAAUGAUAAAACAGAGUCCGAACACACACUUCAGUCUUUUCUCAGACUCCAAAAGUGUCUUGGAAGCCCUACGCUCUGGCUCCCCACUGAAACACUGUAGUCAUCUAAUACUUACCAUUAAAGAGCAACUCCUCAUGCUUGAAGAAAAGGGUAAAAUCGUUCACUUCUACUGGAUACCUGCCCACAUUGGAAUCACCCACAACGAACGGGCCGACAUGGCGGCAAAAGAGAGUGUUUACAAAGGCAUAGACUCCCAACUAUUAUUACCCUGGACCGACCUUAGAGCCUGUUGGAAACAGAAAAUGUUAAAGAUUUUUACGCAUGAGGCUACUCAUCGGGAGCGCACAAAGGAAAAUAGUAUUUCGAUAAUUACUUCACUGAUGUACCUUACCCCUGGUUCAACAANCUGGUUAAGGAACUCGAGGGUUCCAACCGUUGUUUUUUCACAGAUGGGUCCAAAACUGAAGGUUGCCGUUUUGUAG